UCCACUAUCGUGUGGCGGAGCGUCGCUCGGGUAGAGUUGGCUACAGUAGCCUACAUUUAACAGUAGAACCACCGCUGCCGCGGCACUGCUGUAAAUAGAGCAUGCUUUGGAAAAGCGUUCCUGUACAGUUAUAAUCGAUAACUGGAUACAUUUUUCUUUUGGUUCGUUCUUUACUUUGUAUUCAACUUAAUAAUGGAAAUAAGGGUUGACAAUGGAAUGACUCCUAAGGAUAUCGGUUCCUCGUGAACGGACAGCCGAAGAUAGAAAGUGGGUGAUUUGAAGCAGAGCGACAGAUUUACCACCCCUUGACCUCAUUAAGUCAAAAAGAAGAAAGCAAGACCCCUCCCACCCCACAUCUGCCUGAAAGGAAGCACAGAGAUCACUACCCUCCGAGGAAUCCCAUUUCUGAUAAAAGAGGACAAAUAUUGACCACACUGGGGGAAAAAGAAAUCUCACUUUGACAGCCCAUGACAGAUAUAUAUAUAUUUUUUUAAAAGAACUCUUUUGUACAACGGGAUAGAAAAUAUUUUUCUUAAGACCUAUUAUCAAAGGUGCUGUUGAUUGAGGCAGCCUGUCUCAUUCUUGCACUUCAAACCGUCACAUUUUCCCUCUUGUUCAGACGUUUGUUGUUCCUUUUCUAAUCUCCUGCUCUGUAAUUACAUUCCAUACUUGCAGUCCGCCAUGCGGAAAACCCCAAAUUGUAAACUGCGUGUGUUUGCUUUUGAGUGCAUCUGAGAACUGUUAUAAACGGAUGACACUCCCUGCCUUAAUAUGUCAUGCACUUCUUUUCUGACGCAGUCCUUUCAAGCCUUCAUCUCAAGUCAAACCCUCCAUUGAGGAAGCUCUCCCUCUUAUUUACCAUUUUCCGGGCUCUAAACGCUUAUAAUUUACAAAAUGAUGGUCCUCAAGCAUCCGAAAAGCAGGGUUUUCACUGUGCUGUUCUGCAUAAUUACCAUCACCACCUUUAUAUUUAGCUAUAACUACAGCACCCCGUCAUCGUACUUUUUCAAAUUUGCCUUCCGGCUUUCGGACAACCCCGUUUCAAAGGCACUGUGUGCCUGCAGCCAGUGCAUCUCUGUAGAGGACGAAGACCCCUGGUUCACGGAGCACUUCAACCAGUCGGUAGCGCCGCUCAUGUCAAAGAAGAACAGCAUGCUUUCUGAGGACACCUUUAAGUGGUGGCAGUGGAUACAGUCCGAGAAGCGCCCGGCCAACUACAGCGACGUGGUGCGGAGAUUAUUUCAGGUCAUCCCUGGCGAGGAACGCUACAUGGACUCAGGGUCCAGACGUUGCAGGACCUGCGCCGUAGUAGGGAAUUCUGGGAACCUCAAGGGUUCCAAUUACGGGGCCCUCAUCGACUCCAGUGACUUCAUCAUAAGAAUGAACAAAGCUCCCACUUCGGGCUUUGAAACGGAUGUAGGGAGAAGAACCACCCAUCAUGUCAUGUACCCAGAAAGUGCCAAAAACCUGCAAAACACCACAAACCUGGUGCUGAUACCAUUCAAGAUUUUGGAUCUACAGUGGAUCAUUAGUGCUUUAACCACAGGCACUAUUAAACACACCUAUUUACCUGUGAUGGCCAAGAUAAAAGCAAACAAGAAUAAGGUGCUAAUAUACAGCCCCACGUUCUUCAAGUACGUCUAUGAUUCUUGGCUUGAAGGCCAUGGGAGAUAUCCCUCCACCGGUUUCUUAGCCUUGAUGUUCGCCAUUCACAUAUGUGAUGAGGUGAAUGUUUAUGGAUUUGGGGCGGACAAGGAAGGAAACUGGCACCACUACUGGGAGAAUAACCUCCUAGGAGGGGCCUUCCGCCACACUGGGGUGCAUGACGGGGACUACGAGUACAACAUCACCUUGCUGCUGGCCAGUAAAAAAAAAAUCAAGAUGUUCAAAGGGAGAUGACGGCUCCACACCUGGAAGUAUCAGUCGGCCUAUAAAACGAACACAACCUCCGAAUGGCCUUAACAUGCUUUUGGCAAGGAAAUACCAAAGGGCCAGGUCAACCUGCCCCCAAAAAUCAUUGUGGGACUUCAUAAGAACCAAUGACAAAUGUAAGGCAGUAUUACAUUUUGCCUAAACCUAACUUUUAACUCAAUAUUCAAAAUGGAAAAAGUUUAUUAACAAAAGAAAAUGUAAUGCUGUCUUGAAUUUGGUGGAUGUUUCGUAUGUGAAGUGAAAUGACUCUUACUUGACAUCAGACAUCCCUUGAAACUUAAGGACCUUUUCUGUUUGCAGUCAAGCAUAUUUAAAUCAAUGUGAAAGCGUAUGUACAGUACCAGGAUUCUUGACAAUGUUUUGAACGUAACUGGUUUUUCAAACAAAGCUGGGAAGGCAGCGAGUAUGAGGAUGACAGAUGUUUUUCCGACAACAGGUUCUGCGCAUGUGACCGCAGAUCAAGGUUUUUUAAUUAGUCACGUCGACUGACAACGGACCAGGGUGGUGUCGCGAGUGAAACGCACGGGAAUGUAUGUAACGAGACUAUCGGUGGAUUCGCCCUCUUCUUAGAGCAUCGCAAAGCCACCUGCGCCAGAUGGCUUAGACAAUUUAUGCAUCCGAGUGUGGCUGUUCUUGCUGUGCGGGGUAUGGGUGUGAAGUGACAGUAAUGGGGGAAUUUUGGCAGAACCGAGUGGCACAGCAAACAAAAUUUAUGCAUCUCAUUUCCAUGCCAACAUGAGUGUUGCCGCUCAUUGUUUUUCUCCUUCAUAUACAUUACUCACGAAGGAUCGCAAUGUCUUGAUUUUUUACACCAGUGUCUUCAAUUAACUGUUUUGUUGCUUCAUGUAGUAACUGACGAUGAAAUCCAGUAAAAGGAAAUCACGAUGUUCGUUCUAUGAAUACCUUGGUAUGUUUUUAGUUUUAAAUUAUAUAUGAUUUUUGCCUGUGUGAUCUGUAUAAACAUGGUGAAUGAUCUGAAUUGCCAUUUAGCGCAUGUCCUACAUUGCAUUAUUUAAUGAGGCUUGAAAGAGUUUCUGGGUUAUUGCACAGAGUUGUGCUGUAUGCACAGCAUUAUGCAGCAUUGUAAAUGAUACGGAUUUUCAGAAAAGGGAUGUGCAAGACCCAUAACCUUGUCCAUUUUUCCUGAAAGCUCAUCACGAUCAAAAGCCUGCACUGGCUUCCUAAGCACACCCCGCAUAUAAAAAUUACUGAUGAUAUUGCCACUGUGAUUGUAGAAAGGACAGGACCCCGUGGAGUGGCUACAACCUUUGACUUGUGACCGGGUUUCGCCUUUCGAGCCGGGGAUCCGGGGUUCAUUGAAAUGGUGUUUACUGCCUGUCUGCCUCGCGUGAUUGCAGUCACUGUCAAAUCUGCCCCCACUGUUGUGAACACAGCCUGGAAACAGAGCCGUAAUGGAUGUCCCUGUGUGAGGGGAAUGGAGCAUGAUGCAUAAUCUUCUGCGUCUGCCCUUAUCUUCAGAAAGGGUCCGGCCGUGAGGCCUGUGUCUCUGUGUAAGAAGUGCCUUAUCAAUGAAAAUCCUAAUGUGUAAUGUUUGGGAUUGGGGGAUGGGGGUUAUGUGCCUUUUAAACUUAAUCUCACAUUUUCUAAAUGGAAUGAUUGUUCUUUAUUUUAUAAAAAAAAUUUUGUUUGUUAGUUUUUUUGUUUGUUGUUGUUUUGAAUACAGAGGAGCUGCAGUUAUAUCGUUAAAUGUAGAGCAUCAUCACCAUCAUAUUUUGUUUCCAUGUUUUAUUAGGAGCCUCAAUUUAAUCAAGACCCAUAGAAAUUUAUUUUUGUUCAUUAUCUCUUUUUUCUUCAUUUUACAUGCCUGUGAAUCACCAGGAUUUCUGGUAUUCUGCCAUCACUGGCACAUAAUUCAGGAUUCGAUAAAUUUAGCACUUAACCAAGAUGUAGUGCUGUGUCAUAAGCAUUUUGCUGCUCAUGUGCAAUAGGUGAUGAGAACAUUUAAUUGCAUUGCUAUUUAUUAAUGUUGGGAGCAACCAAUACUUUAGUCCUUGUGGAUUUUAUUUGAUUGGGAAACAAAAAACAUUGAAUUGUUACACAUAGGGCCAGGUUUUGUUUGUCCUUACCCUUUGGAUGACAAAUGGAUCUUACAUAACAUCCUGUAGGACACUGUAAGGCUUUCCUCAACUCAUUACAGGAAGUUAAGUUGAAUAGGCUAUGCCAGUUGGGAUUUUAUGUGAUAUGAGAACAUUCAGUAGUUCCAAAGCCAAAAUUCCAGAGAAUGAAAGUUUGUAAACACCUGUCAGUUUUAAGUUUGCUAUUUUAUGUCGUGUAACAUAGGGUUACAUGUAAUCUUGCCUGUGCUCACACAAAUUAGAUUUUCUCAUGACUAUGCCAAAUUCUCAAGACAUAAAAGUCCACAAGCCUAAAAAACAUCUAAUCUCUCAAAAAAUGACUUCCAGGAGUUAUUUUUAACUCCCAGAGUUGAAUUAUCACUGAUCAUUUCAAUUUCAAAAUAUAUAUGCAUUGUAAAUGUGCCUUCAACUUUUAUAAUAUCAUUUGCAUAUGUUUAUUGCAUCAUUAACUUUUGUGUCUACUUAUGUUUUUUACUGUCACUGACUGUAUGUCUGGUGUUGAUUAUAAUGGGAUCUUUGAUUAAAGUUUACUCUCUGAAAAACAA